AAAAAAAAAAAUCACAACCUACAUAAAAAACAAAGGGCAGAGCCAGACCUGACCAGGCCACCUUGAUCCCACGUCUAAAUCCUCUCUCCCAUUCUCACUCUCCUCAAUACUCUGCUCUCUGUGUCUCUCUCUUUCUCUCUCUGUUUCAAUCUCUGCAACAGAACUCUCAUUUAACUUAAAUAGCCAAUUUUAUGGCGGUUUUAGCGCUUUUCGUUCUCAUUCUUGGCAUCAUUGGCCGCUCCACUGCCAAUUGGUGUAUCUGCAAGGAUGGGGGAGGCGAUGCCGCAUUGCAGAAGACUCUGGACUAUGCCUGUGGAGCGGGAGCUGACUGUAACCCCAUCAAGUCGAGCGGGGCGUGUUACAACCCCAACACCGUCAAGGCUCACUGCAGUUACGCUGUUAACAGCUUUUUCCAGAGGAAAGGUCAAGCUCAGGGAACUUGUGACUUUGCUGGAACUGCUACUGUAACUACAACUGAUCCCAGCUCUAAUGGCUGCACCUACCCUGCUAGCAACAGUGCUACAGGCACCAUCACAGCGACACCAAUGACACCUGUUACAUCGAACACCCCAACAACCAGAAAUCCAACGACCACCACCACCGCUACUCCAUACACCACAACACCUUCAAAUGGAAUAAUAGGGGGAGUGGGCUCAGGUUCAGGUUUAGGCCCUGCUGGAGCAGGCACCAACACAGACUACAGUCAUGGUGGGAUGAGACUAGGAAACUGUGUGUCCUUUUCUGUCUCGGUGAGCCUCUUCUUUUCAGGCAUAAUCCUCUUGUGGGGUUAAAGAAUCCAAGGACAAGUUUGCUGUGAGCUUGUUGGUUGUGGUGGUGGGGUAGAGUUGUCAAUGUUUAUGCUGGAUUUCAAUGUCCCUAGGUGAUAUGCAUGUAGUUCUGUUGUUAAUUUACUAAAGACAUGUUCAGGCGCGGUUUUUGUAACUUUCUUCAACGCUUCUCGUUCUUGUUUUGUAAAUCUAGAUCUAGAAAGCUGCUAUUGAUCAUAUUUACGAGAAUUUAGAACCUAAGUUCUUGUUUA